GGAAGAAAUAAUGAUAAACAUUUAAGAAUCACAUUAAUAUUGCACCAUCAUGUGGGCCUUGGUACACUGAGGGUCACUUCAUGCUGCCUGAAGCAUGGAGCUGAGCGUGCACUACAGUGUCCACUGUCCGGAAGCGGUGUCACGUCGCAUUCUGUGUUGCGAGUCUGUAGGGACCCCUCCUGGACGAGCUGGCAUAUAAAACGAGUGACUCGCCCCUCCCGGACAAAGUAGAUCCAGCCUGGCCGGACGCGCCUGCCCUGUGCUGCGCUUCAUGGAUGCUUCAGCACUUCAGCAUCCUCCUCAGCCCUGCCCAGCUCAGCGGAACUGAAGCACAGUGACACGGACAAAUCUGACCGCUCUCUCCUCUGCGGGCAUCCAUAAGCUACAUAUACCUGAGUGUUUUUAAGAGCUGCCAUGGCGAACAGAGGGCCCAGCUACGGACUGAGCCGAGAGGUGCAGGAGAAGAUCGAGCAGAAGUACGACCCUGACCUGGAGCAGCGGUUGGUGGACUGGAUCAUUGCACAGUGUGGGGGAAACAUUGAGAGGCCGCAGCCAGGCAGAGAGAACUUCCAGAAAUGGCUGAUGGACGGGACAAUCCUCUGCAGGCUUAUCAACAGCCUUUACCCGAGGGGGAAGGAGCCCAUCAAGAAAAUUCCAGAGACGCAGAUGGCCUUCAAACAAAUGGAGAAGAUCUCUCAGUUCCUGCAAGCAGCUGAAGCUUAUGGAGUCACAACCACUGAUAUAUUUCAAACUGUGGACCUCUGGGAAGGAAAGGACAUGUCAGCAGUGCAGAGAACUCUUAUGGCUCUGGGGAGUGUGGCUGUCACUAAGGAUGAUGGUCAUUACAGAGGCGACCGAGACUGGUUUCACAGGAAAGCCCAGGGAUAUCGACGAGAGUUCAGCCAAGAGCAGCUCCGCCAAGGAGAAAGUUUGAUCGGCCUGCAGAUGGGCAGCAACCGCGGUGCUUCCCAAUCUGGAAUGACGGGUUACGGUAUGCACCGUCAGAUCAUGUAGACCAGUCACUAGCUACCCUGCAUCCCUGCUUCCAGACCUUAUUUUCUACUAACACCGCAAAAAGUUGUGAUGGUUAUAUCCUUUGUAGCACCUGCCAUGUUAACCUCAACCUCCCUGAAACUGCUGCUUUCCCAAACAGAGUGUUCUGAUGAUGAUGUCAAAUGCUGUAGAUCUCCUUCUUCAAGCUCUCUUCCUGUUCCUCUCCUGCCUUUUGUCAUGUGCUUAUCCCUCUCUGGCUUUGUUAACUCUGUUUCCAUGUCUGACCGAUUAAUGUGGAACUCAAAGUCAUUCAACAUCAAUUUAGUCUUGUAGAGAAUUUGAAGAUUAAAAUCUCUUUACAGAACAAGCCAUCAGUGUUAUACAGCAUGUUGUAUGAUAUCUUUUUGCAUUCAUAUUUAUUUACAUGACAUUAUUGUUUUCAGAUGGUCUGUUACUAUGUAAUUAUUUAGCCUUAAACCUAAUGGAGCUCAAUGACCGACGACGUCUCUGCCAUGUUGUCUGAAGACUUGUUGCAGUAUCCUCUGUAACCAAAUCAACCUCACGUUGUGCCUGGUUAUGGGACGACAGAGACUGGGUCCUGAUACUGGCCUCGAAUUAUAAAUGAGUCUCACUCAUUCUGAGCCAUGCCCUUGUUAUUUGUUUGUGAGAUCACAUCUCUGUCCAUUAUGUGUCAUGCUACUUUAUGUUCCGAGCAAGUUAAUGUGCAGUAGCCAACAUGUAUGACAGUGACGUUUCCAUUUCUGGUGCCAGGUAAAGACAUUGCUUGAAUGUGCACUUUUAUGUAUUGUCAUGUUUAUAUUUUUUAAAUAUAUUUAUAUCUGGAGGCUUGUGAGAAGAAGUAUUGAAGAAAUAAAGUAU